ACCGUGGUUUUUGGUGGUAUUCACCCACGCUGGUACUGUAGAAACACAGAAAAAAGUUCUGGAACAAGUCUCCAGAUGGUUCUCCAGAAAAAUUUUCCGAGACCUUUUGAGUUUUCGCAAAAACUAACAACGCCAUCAUGUUCAGGAUAGCUGAAAGCCCAUUCCCAGGUAUUUUCCGUUAUUUCUACCAUUAAUAUAUGACAAUUAAAAGCUGAUGAACUCUAUAUACUAAUCAACCUUUGGUUGCCUGAAGAAAAGUGAAAUUCUUUAUUUUCGGUAACAUAUUAUUGAUAAAAUUAAGGAAAAAUCCACGGGAAUAGGUUUUCGACUAUGCUGAACAUGAUGGCGUUGUUAGUUUUUGCGAAAACUCAAAAGGUCUUGGAAAAUUAUCUGGAGAACCAUCUGGAGACUUGUUCCAGAACUUUUUUCUGUGUUUCUACAGUACCAGCGUGGGUGAAUACCACCAAAAACCACGGUUUUAGCCCGUUUUUAGCGAUUUUCAUAAAAAUUUCCAAUAUGAAUGAGUUUUCAGAUUCAAUAUUCAUAUCCAGCACAAAAUUGUGCAUCCGAAUCACUAUAUAUGUUGCUUUUUCGGUGCUUCCUAGGAAAGUAAGGCAUCAAAAUACCUUUUUUGCAAAAAGCAAGAAAAUGAAGGUAAAUAUAAGACUACUAUUUCCAAGAGCAUUUUUGACAAUUUUGAAUGCACCCGAGUAUCCCCUGACAUAGUUCCAAUGCAAAAAAGCCGAAAUUAUUUUGGGCUAGCAAAGGGUCUUAUCCGCCUUAUUCCUUUAUACCGAUUUUACUUGUACUAUUUAAAUCGAUCAUGUUUGAUUGGAAAUCUUCCUGCUUGAUAUUGAUUUAUUAUCAUUGGAUCACCGUCGAUCAUUACGUUGUGCACAAUUAUCAAGUUUUCAUAUUUCCUUCAAUCAAUACACCAAUGAAAAUCAAACGGUACAUCUCCUUUGUUCUACUAUUAAAUUAACAGAUACACGAAUUCAAAAUGAACAUAUGAUUAUACCAUUAUCUAUAUCUUCAAAUUCAAAUCAACUUGGAACUCAUCUAUUAAGAUCGAAAUUUGAUUAUCAAUGUACAUUAACAAUGAAUUCUGUACGAAUUCUAUUCGUGAUUGAUUAGUUAUUAGGUCUCAAUGAAUUUCUCAAUUCAUUCUGCAAACAACAACGGAUAAUAAAUAAGAAUGGUAUUUUAAUUUCAUCAUUUGGCAUUAAACUUGAUUUAAAUCGACUUGAACUUGCUCUUGUUCCAGCAAUAAAAGAUCCAUAUUCUAAUGCUCUCAUUUAUUCUAGUACAAUGGUUAUUAAUUUUAAAGAAUCACUUCAAUCAAUCUAAUGGUUUGUGACUGAUUUCAAAUUUUUUACCUGUCAAAUUGGAAAUAUCGAUGAGACAAUAGUUUCUAUUAUUGAACCUACUGAAUGUUCUUUACAUGUUCAAAAAUCACGCGAAAUACUCAAUGAACAAAUCUGUAUAUUGAAUAUUCUACUACUAAACAUUCGUCUAGCAUAUUCGGAUAUUAAAAUGAUCUGUUCUCUAAUUCAUACUGUUUCCAAACAAAUUUCUCAAUCAAAAACUCGUAAAUCUUUAUUAACAUUUAUUUCUUCUCUUCUUACAUUACCAGUUAGAAAUCUUCCAACAUCUAUGUUAAAUAUAAGAUGUCUAAAAUUUAUCUAUCUUAUUGAUGAUUGUUUUGGUGUAAAUAUUUCUUUAUUAAAUAUUAAUCUAAACCAUUUAUUUUACAAACAAUCGAAAAUAAUCAUUUACAUCGUACAGAUCAAUGUGGAUUUGAAUUCAAAAUUCCCUAUUAUAAUCGUUUUCAAUCUGGUUUUGAACCACUUAUUCAAUCAUGUCCAUUUCAAAUGACAUUAAGUCGAUUAUUAACAUCAACUUUAUUAUCUCUCUCUUCGAAAGAAAUACUUAAUUUAAAUUUUACAAAAUCAAUGUAUCGAUUGAUUAAUAUUCUUAAAACAAAUUGACUUACUGAUUAUCAGAAUUGAGAGAAAAUAACUAGUUUUCGUCGUGUAAAACCACUGGAUCCAUGUUGUUUUAAAAAUGUAGCUUGGAAUUCGAAUUGAAUUUCGUACAUGGUUAACUGGUGAACAACGCUUUUCAUCAUUUGAAAAUAUUGUGGAUGAUAAUCAAACUGUAUCCUUUGCCUUUCCAACUCAUUUCUCUCAAACACGAGAAACAUUACAACCUAUAUCAAUCGAUCAUGUUGGAACAUUCUUUCGACUUGCUACUCAUCAAUUAUAUAAACCAAUUCUUGUUAUUAUUCAUAUUGCUAUGACUGAGAUUCCUAUACGUUUAAUUGCAAUAAAAUCAUCUAUUGAAAUACGUAAUCAAUUAAUAAAUUCAAUCGAUAUACAAUUUAUCUCACAAUCGGAUGAUUUACAUGAAUUUUAUUUAGAACCAAAUCAAAUUCGUUCAUUACCUAUUCAACUUUGUUCAACAAUUAAACAGAUACAUAUUCGAACUGCUAAUUUUGCUCUUGAUUAUUGUGAUGAUCCUGUUCAGUGGUCAGACAUUGAAAAAAAUCAUCAAUCAUUUCUUCGUUCAUGUUCAAUCGAUGGAAAAGAAGCUGUUUAUUAUCUAUGUUUACAAUCGAAACCAAAAUAUCCUGUAAUCCUUCAAGAUCCAUCAUUAUCUAUUUAUCAAUUAACAAUUAUUCCAUCAUUAACAAUUUGUAAUCUUCUUCCGUGUACACUAACCUUUGAAAUUCCAUCUUAUCCUCAAAAAUUUGAAAUAAAUGCUUAUAAAUAUCAUCGAGAACAUACAUUAAAUAUUCUUCAAAAUUUUGAUAUUCUUUUUCUCAUGAAUAUUUUUCGAAUGAAUAAAUCAUUGCAUUUAUCAACAAUAAAUGAUCUACAUGGAAUGAAAGUUACUUAUCAACGAGUCAUUUUUUAUGGCCAUAAUCAACGAAUUAUUAGUUGA